AUGUCGAAACAUCCAAAGACUCAAGAAAGAUAUCGAAAAAGGGCAUCAAACCAAAUAUCGGAUGCUUCGGAUAAAGAGGCUCAAAUUGAAUCACCAAAACAAGCUCUUCGACGAAAAAAAUCUUGCACUGAUAUCCCAUGUUGUAUCCUGUUUCUUAUAUUUAUCAUCUGUUUUAUUGUCUUGAGUAUUUUUGCUUUCAAAGAAGGCGAUCCAAGACAAUUAUUAUAUCCAACUGAUAGUGAAGGUAAUAUUUGUGGUACGGGGGAAUAUGCCAAUCGACCAUAUGUUUAUUUCUUUGAUUGGACAAAAUGUAUAAAGUUACUUAAUGUACCUACUAGUGUUUUACAAGAUCGUCCGUUUGUUUGUCCUACAAAACAAGUUUGUGUUCAACAAUGUCCAAAUAGAACAUCUUAUUAUAAAUUUGAAGAUUAUAAUGUGAAUAGAAUUUGUACAUAUGAUGUAACUCAAUAUGACAAUGAUAAUGAACAACUAGUUAGAGAUGGAAAGUGUGCAUCAUAUAUAAUAGCUAGUAAACCAUUGUUUGGUCGAUGUGUUCCUCAACAAAUAGAUAGUUUAACUAAUUCUAUAAUUCAGGCACCCAAUGGUAAUGAAGAUAAUGCUACUGUUUAUGAUUCAAAUGGACAACCAUUAAAUGGAUCGAAACUCAAAGAGGGUGUUAAAUAUCUUGUUGAUUUACUUAAUUUAAAACAAAUAGCUGUUAUGCUUGUUGAAGACUUGACAACAUCGUGGAUACAUAUACUAGUGGCUUUCGGUUUAUCUGCAAUAGUAUCGUUUUUAUGGAUUGUAUUAAUGCGUUGGUUUGCAAAACCAUUGGUUUGGCUCGGUAUAAUAGGGUUUAUUGUUCUAUUAGCUGUUAUAACUGGUUUGUCAAUUUUUGAAUUUAUUCAACUUCGUCAAAAUAAUGAUAAUCAAAU